AUGAAUACACUUCCUCAACAACCUCAACAGAAUCAACAAAUUGAGCCGCGCCAAGUGUCAUUUAAUGUUUCGGAUCAUUAUCAGAUAUUGGAAAUAGUAGGAGAAGGAGCUUAUGGUAUAGUAUGUUCAGCGAUUCAUAAACCUUCAGGACAGAAAGUUGCCAUCAAAAAAAUAGAACCGUUCGAAAGAAGUAUGUUAUGUCUUCGAACAUUAAGAGAAUUAAAAUUAUUAAAACAUUUUAAUCAUGAAAAUAUAAUUAGUAUAUUAGCAAUUCAAAGACCAUUAAAUUAUGAAAGUUUUAAUGAAAUAUAUUUAAUUCAAGAAUUAAUGGAAACUGAUUUACAUCGAGUUAUUAGAACUCAAAAAUUAUCUGAUGAUCAUAUUCAAUAUUUCAUAUAUCAAACUUUAAGAGCUUUAAAAGCAAUGCAUUCAGCAAAUGUAUUACAUCGAGAUUUAAAACCAUCAAAUUUAUUAUUAAAUUCAAAUUGUGAUUUAAAAAUUUGUGAUUUUGGUUUAGCGAGAUCAAUAGCUUCUUCAGAAGAUAAUUUCGGAUUUAUGACGGAAUAUGUUGCAACUAGAUGGUAUAGAGCUCCUGAAAUCAUGUUAACAUUCCAAGAAUAUACUACUGCAAUUGAUGUUUGGUCAGUGGGGUGUAUAUUAGCAGAAAUGUUAACCGGGAAACCUUUAUUCCCUGGUAGAGAUUAUCAUAAUCAAUUAUGGUUAAUUAUGGAAGUAUUAGGUACACCUAAUAUGGAGGAUUAUUAUAAUAUAAAAUCAAAAAGAGCUCGAGAAUAUAUUAGAUCAUUACCAUUUUGUAAAAAAAUCCCAUUCCAAACUUUGUUUAAUAAUAAUCCAAAUAUAAAUCCUUUAGCACUUGAUUUAUUGGAAAAUUUAUUAAUAUUUAAUCCAACUAAAAGAAUAACAGUUGAUGACGCUUUAAAACACCCUUAUUUACAAUUAUAUCAUGAUCCUGAUGAUGAACCGAUAAGUGAAAAAAUCCCAGAAGAUUUCUUUGAUUUUGAUAAAAGAAAAGAUGAAUUGACGAUUGAAGAUUUAAAGAAAAUGUUAUAUGAAGAAAUAAUGAAACCGUUGUAA